CCCACUACCUCUUCCUCUUUCCUCCAUUUCAUUUCAACAAACAAAGAACAACAAGAAGAGAAGAAGAAGAAGAAGAAGAAGAAGAAGAAAAGUAGGAGAAGAAAGUUUGUGAGAGAUGGGGAGAGGCAAGAUUGAGAUCAAGAGGAUUGAGAACCCAAACAACAGGCACGUGACCUAUUCAAAGAGAAGAAGUGGGAUCAUAAAGAAGGCUAAGGAGAUCACUGUUCUAUGUGAUGCUGAAGUUUCCCUUGUUAUCUUUGGUACCAAUGGAAAGAUGCAUGAAUACUGUAGCCCUUCAACUACGUUGAUUGACAUCAUGGACAAGUACCACAGCAAGUCUGGUAAGAGGUUGUGGGAUGCUAAACAUGAGAACCUCAGCAAUGAAAUUGAUAGAAUCAAGAAAGAGAACGACAAUAUGCAGGUUGAGCUCAGGCACUUGAAGGGAGAGGAUAUCACAUCUCUGGGCCCAAAAGAGCUUAUUCUCUUAGAGGAAGCCCUUGAUAAUGGGCUCUCAAGUAUCCGAGGAAAGCAGAUGGAGUACUUGGAUAUUGCUACAAAAAAUACCGAGAUGUUGGAGGAGGAGAAUAAGCACCUUACCCUCGUUCUGCACCAACAGGAGAUGGCCAUGGAAGCAAACAGGGACAUGAAUGAUGAGUACCAGCAGAGAGUGAGAGAGUACAACUCUCAAAUGUCGUUUGCCUUCCGUGUGCAGCCUAUUCAGCCAAAUCUACAAGAGAGAAUGUAAUAGUACUACUGUUGCUGGCAUCUAAACUCUUUAGUUUGCUAGCUCUUCUGCUUUCCAUGGUUUGUAAUAGACCUAGCUAAUAUCAUGCUCCUUGAGCAUGUACUAGUAUUAAAACCUGCAAGUGUGUGAACUUGGCUUUUGGGUUGAUCGAUUACCUUGUGUAAUAUAUAUGGUGGGGAUGAGCUUGUGUUACCUUAGCAUA